AAUAUUGAGGACAUCAGACGUAAUCUAUUGCUACCAUUUGAAGUAAGUGAAUGCUGUCCACAAUUUCUACUUUCAGUUUAAGACCAAUCCAAAAAACCCACUACCGAACCUCCAUAAUCACAGAAGAGGAUGAUGAGGGCAGCAUCAUCAUCACCAUCCGCGUACGGUGCUAAUACCAGGUUGCCAACCCGAUCUUUAAAUUUACAACUUUGCCACAUCCCUCUAAAAGUUUCAUUUCUUAGCUACCCACUUGUCCAAAACUGGAUUCUCAAGUCGAUUCCCAUCAUCACAGAAACAGUAUCCACGAGUAGAGUCGCUUUCUCUUACCCGUUUAGGUCCUUUGUGAUCAAAGCCUCAUCAGUGGCAUCCUCCGCUGACACAGAGACCAAACCCUUCUCUGUCCUCUUUGUAUGCUUGGGUAACAUUUGCAGAAGCCCAGCUGCUGAGGGGAUAUUCAGAGACAUUGUGAAGAAAAGAGGCCUCGACUCCAAGUUCAAGAUUGAUUCUGCUGGCACCAUUGGUUACCACGAGGGUAAUCUAGCAGACACAAGAAUGAGGGCAGUCUCUAAAAGGCGUGGGGUUGAGAUAACAUCCUUAUCCAGGCCAUUAAGACCCUCUGAUUUUAGGGAUUUCGAUAUCAUUCUUGCAAUGGACAAGCAAAACAGAGAGGAUAUAAUGGAGGCUUUUAAUAGAUGGAGAUUUAGAGAGACACUACCUGACGAUGCACACAAGAAGGUUAAGUUAAUGUGCUCCUACUGCAAGAACCGUGAUGAGACUGAAGUCCCAGAUCCUUACUAUGGCGGACCACAGGGUUUUGAGAAGGUUAUGCUAUAUUAUUAUCACAGGUUUUUGAUCUACUUGAAGAUGCUUGUGAAUCAUUAUUGGACAGCAUCCUGGAAGAAAAUAGUGAUAUUCUAAGUUCUUAAGCCUGGUUGAGUUCUGGUUAAAACCGAGUUUUUCCAAUCCAUGUAUUAAAUGUAAUAAAGAGAUUACUUGUAAUAUAUUUCAUAACUCAUGCUAGAUUGUCUCAUUAUGGACCUGUUUUCUCCAUGUUAUGCCUUGAAUUACUACUCAUUGAAAUCACUGAAUCUUGUUGUGGACAAAGUAUGUGUGAUCUCCAUGUUAUUGAUUCGUAACCAGGCCAUAUGUGAUGUAUUUUUUUUCUUUGUAUAUCUCCUAAUAUUUAGUGUAAAUGGUACAUUUUCCUUUUUUUUUUCCCCAACAAAACCAGACCAUCCUUCUUAAAUUUAGUCAUUCUCAAGAGAACAAUUUUUCUAGAGGCUUUGUCAAAUUCGACCAAUCAGCUGAUUUCACAGUUGAGAACAGAAUAAAACAGAUCAUAUUGCACCAGCUCCUGUAGAAUUUUUUUGUUUUUAUUUCAUUUUUUCCCUGGGGAAGAUACGAAUGCAAAGCAAUCAAUAUAUUGACAUGGAAGACCCAAAGGAUUCUUCCAAUGUACAAAACUAGACUUUUUUUUUUUCGUUCACUUCCUAAGAGUUUAUUAUCCACUUCAUAGUUCUCAUAACAAUGCUCUUCAUUGCUCAAAGAAAGGAGAUAUCAAUCAUCA